AUUCAACAUAAUGGCCUCUUCUCCUUCCCAUACAAUUCAUGAAACAAUACCAGAGGGAAUCGCAAUCAAAGCUGGUGAAUAUGGUUUUGGCUUGUUUGCCACCAAAUUCUUUGCUAAAAACUCUUCUGUUUAUGUUGGUAGACAAAUUGUCAUUCCAAAUGUCUAUGCUGAAUUUACUCUUAUCACCGAUCAGGGAACAUUUAAAUUGAAUACAGACACUCACUCUGUUCAAUUUAACGAAAAUCAAAGGUGGUUGUACUUGUUCGAUUCGUUCAUGAAUCAUAGUUGUGAUCCAAGCACUAUUAGUGAACAAACAGAGGAAAUGAAGAUUACUAAUCAAUAUGCUAUGGUUGCUUUACGUGAUAUUAAUCCAGGAGAUCAAAUUACUUGUGAUUAUAACAUUUUCGAAUAUGAUUGUCAUGGAAAGGUAAUUGAAAAGUGUUGUUGUGGUUCAAGUAAUUGUAUUGGUAGAGUUGCUGGUUUUAAAUACUUGACUCUGGAAGAACAAAAAGAGCGAAUUCAAUUCGUGGAUGAUGAAGUUUUGCAAGCCAUGGCUGAAGAUCCAACAAACAAAUUCAUGUUUGUGAAAGAUUUGAAAUGUCCAAUCGACAGAGUAAUUAUUCAAUCAGGUCCAUGUAAAGGAUAUAGAAUGGUAGCUUCUCGUUCUUACAAAGCAGGUGAAACCAUCUUUAAGAAUCAUUCAAUAAUCUUCCCCGAGGACACCAACAUUGUUGUUGAAUUGAAUGGAAAGAGAUUGUGGUUGGAAAAGGUGGUUCACACUGUCAAGAGAGGAAAUGGCAUGAGAGAAUUCUAUGGUUUUGAUACUUUCCAGAAUCACUCAUGUGAUCCGAAUAGUACCAUGAAUUAUAUUACUGAUGAUGAUUAUGAAUUGGUUGCUGCAAAGGAUAUUAAUGUAGGAGAGGAAAUUACAAGUGAUUAUGAAUCAUUUGAUGAGGGUCUUGAUGGAACAACCUUUGAAUGUCUCUGUGAGAGUGCUCAGUGUAGAGGAACUAUUAAAGGAUGAAAAUAAUAAUAUUAGUAAUAAUAUUGAAAAUAAUUUGAUGAAACUCUAGGAAUUUAAUUAGUAAUUUAAAUUAUAGUAAAUAUUAAUAUAUCAAUUU